AACCGUCACCGGAAAGAAACUGAGCAAGAAGAUGGGUGGAUGUGACAACAAUGGAAACCUUCAUGAGGAGAAGUUCAGUGAACCAAUGCCUUGGAUUGGCAUGUAUGUUGCAGCAGCAUCCUUUGCCUGCCUGAUUGCAAUGGCUGCAGAUGUAAUCCUUGGCUUUCGAUGCCACAAACUAUGGUUUCCUUCCAAAUUCUUCUCCAUCAAUGCCACUACUCUUACCUUGCUAGGCGUGGCUAUCAAACUAUCAGUUGAUCUCAACACUCCCAUGCCGAACAGCCAUGAUCAGCUUGCGAAACUCAGCAGCUCAGUCUUCAUCUGCACGGCAAUGUCCAACUCCAUGCCUUCCCUUGGAGCCAUGGAGAAUGAAGAAAUGUUCAUGAAUGUGAUUGCUUUGGGGAUUCUAGUCAUCACCCUAAUUGUCAAUAUCUGCAUCCAACUAGCUACCGGAGCAAUCUUUGUGUUCUGGAAGGAGCAUGCUACAAUAAUGUUCAUCAUGCUUGUUCUACUCCUCAUGUUGAUUUUCUCUGCUCUAACUGUUCCAACCACAAAGAGUUACUUAGAGAAGAAGUACAAUAAGAAGUACCAAUUAGCUUUGAAAGAGUGUGCAAACCAAAUAAGUGAGGCUGGGAAACUUAGAGAGGUAUUGACUAAACAUUGGGUGCUGGCUCAUACUUCUAGUCCCCAAUUCGUGAUGGGCCGCUCGGUGAUAUGCACUGCUUCUGGAGCUUUCUGUCUUCUCAGCACCGUGAUUUUGGCUGAAGCCAUGCUUCGAACUUAUGUAAUGACUUCAUCGUUUAGGUUUUGCAGCGGAGAAUCUGACUACAAGCGCACAACAACUUUGAUUCUUUUCACACAGGCUGUUGCAGUUGGAGUUGGUACUAUUGCUCCAGCAUUCAGGUGGUUCAUGGCCAUAAACUUCAAGUGCCCAAAAAGAGGAAACAUAAGCCUCAAAAUGGAAUUCGAGAUUGAAAAAUACUGGAUUCAGGGGCUGUUGGGGUUGAAAAGGCAACCAUUAUCUUUCAGAAUCCAAAAUAGGCACUGCAGGAAACUUGCUCAUGAAGCAAGAAGCAUGUUUUUGGACAUUUGUAUUACAAUGCAGAAAGGGAUUGUCUUAUCGAGUAAGGCAAUUCGAUUCAUUUCCAUUUUAUUUAUGAGCCGAAUAUUUCUAUGCUGUGAAAUUUUCCAACAGUGUAAGAUCAAGAUGUUUGAACGUAACACCGGGCCACAGUCUGAGCAAAACCGAAAGCCAGAUUUCAGUAGUUAUGUUCUGUUUCUUGAAGGUGAAAAGGCAUUGGUUGAGUACAUGAUGAGAUCCAAUUGUGAUGCAACUGGAUAUUGGCUUCAAAAGGGAAGGAAAGAAGAGCCCAAAUAUCUCCUCAAACUCUUGCAGAGAUCCACAUUCUCACAAAGAUUCAAAGGAGUUGCUGAAUUUGACAGUGACCAAGUUCCCUCCUUGGAUUCUGAAGAACCUCCUAAUUGUUGGGCUCUUCCUGUUGUGACAUUAACAAGUAUUGCUCUUGCACUCUCCAGUAUAAAAACUUGCUCAAUCGAAAAGUUGGUAGAUGGCGUAAACCAAGGGCUGAUGUACAUAAAUGCCAUUGAUAAUCACUUGGAUCAUAAAAGUGACUUAGCAAACACCAGGAAGGCAGCAAACAUUGCGUGGCUGCGAGUCGAUCUCUAUCACACGUGGCUAGAUGUGGAUCUCAAAAAACUCUCACUAGGAAAGAGCCCCAGGGAAGUACUUAAAGAACUUGCUGAAACUGCAAAGUCCAUAUUUGAAGAAUCUAAAAGGAAGCGUAGAGUUAAGUCGGGGUGUGUAAUGGAUACGAGUCCUUCAAAAUGGUCUGUUAAGGAAUUGGCAGCUAAUUCCAUGCAUAGGAUAAGUCAGACUCUUCUGCUUAACCAGACAUGCGACGAUAGACUAUUUGAAGCACUGGUGGUGGUGAUCUCCGACAUUGUUGGUGCUUGUCUCACUAAUACACAGAAUGUUAUGGCGAUGAAGUGUUUCAACAGCAAAAUUGAAGAGAGGGAAGAAGCCGUGAGGCACGCAGUUCACGUUGUUGGUAUGACUGAGAGAAUUCUUGAGAUUGUUAACAAGGGAAUUCCUCCUGACUUGGAUACUCACCAAAUGGGGUGCAUUGAUGAAUGGCGUUUGUCACACAAACGGAAGAUGAUCCCCUCGGCCUUCUCUUCAUUUCCAUCAGACUCAGAGUGUGACGGAUCGCCUUUUCUGGUUCAAGUGAUUUCUCCCCAACACAAACGUGGAGUAUAAAACAGAGAUAAUAGCACUCAGAGCUCAAGCAACUACUAGCAUACAUCAAGGAUCCUUUCCGUCCAUACAAUACUGUAGCCUACCAUUGGCUUUCUUAUCAAGAAAUUCAUAUAUCCAGGGCUUGUAAUCUUUAUACUAUUGUGUAAGCUUUUAUUCACCCAUGUUGACGGGUGAUCGUGUAAGAUGGUACUUGUACAUGG